GGUUGAAACCGGCGGCUCUCGCCGCCUGCCCGCGCACGCUCCCGACCUUUGCGCCGCGGCGAGUUUGCCAGGCCCAGACCACCCCCUCGCCGGUGCCGGUGACAACCGUGCCACGUCGGUGGCCGCCGGGCCCCACGGCGGUUUGCGAGAAGCCAGCGCCGCAGCCGGUGUUUUGCAAGGCCGGAAAAACAGCCAGGCGCGGAGGGUCGCGGCGAAGCGGCUGCGCCUUUAAAGCCAUGUUUGCGCACCGGAGGGUGGUUUUCUGGUGUGUUUAACCGGAGGCGGGCGACGGCACGCCCAGGGCGGCGCGUACGGCGAGGGCCGCGGUGUAGGGGCUGCUGUGCAUCUGCUGCGGGCCGGGGGCCGAGGCGUGAGAGCUCGCCGGCAUGGGGGGCCAAGGGGACAACUACUACGGCAAGCACGGGACGCCGCAGAAAUAUGACCCGACUUUCAAAGGUCCCAUUUACGACAGGGGCUGCACGGACAUUAUCUGCUGCGUCCUGCUGGUCAUCGCCAUCGUGGGCUACGUGGUGGUGGGUGUCGUGGCCUGGACCCACGGGGACCCCCGGAAGGUGAUCUACCCAACCGACAGUCGCGGGCAGUUCUGCGGGCAACAGGGAACCCCCAACGAGAAGAAACCUUUCCUCUUUUACUUCGACAUCGUGAAGUGUGCCAGCCCGCUGGUGCUGCUGGAGUUUCAGUGCCCGACCACGCAGAUCUGUGUCAGCAAAUGCCCAGACCGGUACCAGACGUACCUGAGCGCCUAUGGCUCCCGCACGCCCAGCGAGCUGGAGUACUACCGGCAAUUCUGCGUCCCUGAGUUCAAAAACCUGCAGAAGGCUCCCAUUGAGGUGCUGAAGGACAAAGAGUGCCCAGCCAUGAUUAUCCCCAGCACCCCACUGGCGCGGCGAUGCUUCCCGGCCAUCCGGGCCAAGAAGGGCGUCAUCAUGGUCGGUAACGAGACCACUUACGACGACGGCCGUGGGCGCCGGAGGAACGUCACUGAGCUUCUGGAAGGGGCCAAAAAAGCAAACGUGGUCCUGGAAACCAGACAACUGGCUAUGAAGAUCUUUGAAGAUUACACGGUUUCCUGGUACUGGAUAAUAAUAGGCCUCGUGAUUGCGAUGGUGGCCAGCUUCAUCUUCAUUGUCCUGCUCCGCUUCCUGGCCGGGAUCAUGGUCUGGGUGAUGAUCGUGAUGGUGAUCCUGGUGCUGGGCUACGGAAUCUUCCACUGUUACAUGGAAUAUGCAAAACUAAAAGGGGAAGCGGGUUCUGAUGUCUCCCUGAAGGACCUGGGAUUUCAGACAGACCUACGCGUCUACCUCCACCUGCGGCAGACGUGGCUGGCGUUCAUGAUCAUCCUGUGCAUCGUGGAGGUGGUGAUCAUACUGCUGCUCAUCUUCCUCCGCAAAAGGAUCCUCAUUGCCAUCGCGCUCAUCAAGGAGGCGAGCAGAGCUGUUGGUCACAUCAUGAUGUCGCUGCUGUUCCCGUUGUGCACCUUCUUCCUGCUGUGUCUCUGCAUCGCCUACUGGGCCAGCACCGCCGUUUUCCUCUCCACCUCCAACGAGGCGAUCUAUAAGGUUUUUAACGAGUCUGCGUGCCAGUUUUCCGGGCAGACCUGCAAGCCAGAGACCUUCAACACGAGCAACGUCACCAAGCUCUGCCCUGACGCCCAGUGCCUCUUCGCAUUCUACGGGGGCGAGACGGCGUACCACAAGUAUCUCAUCGUCCUUCAGUUCUUCAACGUCUUCAUGUUCUUCUGGCUCGCCAACUUCGUGAUCGCGCUGGGCCAGGUGACGCUGGCCGGGGCCUUCGCGUCGUACUACUGGGCCUUCAAGAAACCCGACGACAUGCCCGCCUUCCCCCUCUUCUCCGCCUUCGGCCGUGCGCUCCGGUACCACACCGGCUCGCUUGCCUUUGGCUCUCUGAUCCUCGCCAUCGUCCAAGUCAUCAGGGUCACACUGGAGUAUCUGGACCACAGGUUAAAAGCUGCAGAUAAUAAGUUUGCCAAGUUCCUCCUGAGCUGCCUGAAGUGCUGCUUCUGGUGCCUGGAAAAAUUCAUCAAAUUCCUCAAUAGAAACGCAUACAUCAUGAUCGCCGUCUAUGGCACCAAUUUCUGCACCUCCGCCAGGAACGCAUUCUUCCUGCUGAUGAGGAACAUCAUUAGGGUGGCCGUUUUAGAUAAAGUCACGGAUUUCCUCUUUUUCCUCGGUAAACUCCUCAUCGUGGGAAGCGUCGGAAUCCUUGCCUUCUUUUUCUUCACCCAGCGGAUAAAGCUCGUCCAAGACACAGCGCCGCCCCUAAAUUACUACUGGGUCCCUAUUCUGACGGUGAUCGUGGGCUCCUACCUCAUUGCCCACGGGUUCUUCAGCGUGUACGGCAUGUGCGUGGACACCCUCUUCCUCUGCUUCUGUGAAGAUCUGGAGAGGAACGAUGGAUCUCCCGAGAGGCCUUACUACAUGUCCCCUGAGCUGAGUGAGAUCCUGCUGAAGGGGAACCUAGAGCCUUCCAAAAGCGCCGAUAGCCAAGGCUAGGGGCUGGCCCCGGGAGGAAGGCUGCGUGCCUGGGGGGGCUGCAGGAUGCUCUCAGCCCCCCAACCCAAGCAGCGUUCUCCUAAGCCUGUGGGUGGCAGCCACGGUGCAAAUCUUUCCCCUGGAUGUCCUUCAAAGCCUUGAGGGUAGACGGGGUGCCGAUUCCUCAGUGCCCGAUGCUGUAUCAAAUCUACCUUCCUGCCCAAUAAUGAAUAUUCUUGUAUCGAGAGAACGAACCUAGAGUGUCACCUAGAGUUAAUCUGGGGUCCCACGUGUCCCGGUAGCACCCGGCGAGGAGCGCUCCGCUCCGGCGAGCAGCUGGGAACCAGCUGGACGCGCACGGGUGCCGAUAUAUAGUUGUGUUUCGCGUUGAAGCGGAGAUCUUUGUUCCUAAUCGCCAGCCGUGAAAAGGAUGGGAGAGCCCCUCUGCUCGCAGGAGGUACCUCGUGUUGCAGGGCGGUGGUUUGUAGGACGGGCUGAGUGGGUUCGACAGCCUGAAAACUGGUCUCUCCCCGCUUUCCUCUUUGUUCUGCCCCCAGCAAAGAGCAACGAGCCUCUUUCCUCGCCCACUCUUUCUAUGCAAAACCGGGUUGGCGCACUUAAAAAGACUUCUUUGUGAGAUUGCAGAUCUUUUGCUUUUAAGUCUGUUGCAUCAGCCAGGCCUUCCUCACAAAACAGAGCUUGCCCUUUUCACAGCCAAAAACUCCGUUUCCUCGCGCUGCCGGUUUAGGGAAGCCGAAAAGAGCCGUCGCCGGUUGCAAGCCGUUAAAACUCAGAGGGCUUUAACUCGCAGCAUCCCUCAUUUAAAAUGGUUUCUCUUGCUGGUUGCACAGAGGUUUAAUGGCUGCAGGGAGGUGGUGGCUCGUCCUGGGAGCUGCCUGAUGGGCUCUGCUUUUUCCCCGCCCUGAGGUGGUUGAGUUGAUGGUUUGGCUUCUGCCUGGUCCAGGCUCCUACGGGGCGGAGGAGCUGGGGGGCUGCAAAGACUUUUCCACGCUAACGCAGAGUGUAGGUGGAGAUGCUUGCCAAGACCUGCAGGCUGGGGUGGUUGUGGGAAGGAAGAUGGAGCCUGCGUGGAAGGCGAGUCCCCAAUCCGGCUCCGGCAACUCUGAAUUGCCAAAGGACCGUCAAGGGAAGGCGAUGUCUGGAGGAGCAGUGUGACCACCUCUGACGGGCUGGAAAGCUGCGGGGAGGUAGUGCGUUGCGCUGGCGGGUGUUACACCGGGAACGUAUUGCGGCAUCUCUACAGCUAGAGAAAUCAGACCAAAAAAAUCAUAAGUUUGAUUGGGAGGCAGCUGGUGAGGGUUACAGCCCCUAAAGAAAUGGCAGCCAAACACAGGCUGGAUCCUCACCUUGUUUUCUCCUCUUGAUAGUCCAGAAACGAUCAAGAUUUUAAAAAAAUGCCAUUCUGGCGGCACACAGCCCGGGGAAGCUGUGGCCAGAUCUCCUAUUACAAAUCCUCAUGCAGACAGAGAGGCCCGUCUUUUGAGUCGUGCCCUCUUAGGACAAAGCUGUAGUGUUAACGCUUGUAUUUUCAUUACAGAGAAACACUGAAAUCCCUCUCAAAAUAUCCCAAGGCGCUUUCAGUCGACUCUGAAGCUGGUGCUUUGUGGGUUUGUUUGGUUUUGGUGGGUUUUUUUUGGUGGCUGUGAUUUUCCUACCACUUCUUGCUGGCGCAGCUGCUUUGCUUUGAACAGCGAGAGGCCGAGCAGCGUGUUCGGUGCUGGGAAUACACCUAACGAUUAUGUAUGCAUGGCGUGUUGACAAGGGCGUCGCGCACCCGGCGAGCAGCGCCAAGCGAAUACCGAGCGAAAUUGCUUUGCGCUCGCGUCAUGAGCCAUUUCGGCUGCACAAAGAGCAGGGAGAGCCGCGCUGCCUGGCUCUGUAGAGGAGGGGAACCGCGCUCCAGGCCGGCAGAGCUCGAGUGGCGCGCCGAGGAGACCGCUUUUCCUAUGGCACUGUUAAACUUUCCCACUGCCCCCCUGAAAAAAAAACCCCACCCAAAGCUCUGCUUUCUUCUAAAUAAUAGCGGCCUGUUUCCAGAGCGUGAUGCUCCCCGUAAAAUGGGAGAGGUGCUGCUGCGGUGGUUUGUACAGCGAGGGGUAUUUAGCUGUGACACAGGGACAAAAUACCCCCUGCCCGCGAUGAGACGAAAGACUUUUAUUUCUGUCAAAGAUGAUUAUUAGACGAGCAGGACGGCUGCUCCUCUGGCAUCUCUCUGCCUUUAGGCUCCUUGCUGCAUCUGCUGUGACUCCUGCCACACCAACCUGUGUGUCUGUCCCCCCCGCACUGCUGUGCGGGGCUGGGGGGGGGUUCUCUUUGCAGUGGAAGACCUGGAGCGUAACGACGGUUCGGCCGAAAAGCCUUAUUUUAUGUCACCCGACCUGAAAAAGCUCCUGAAGAAGACGAACAAAGGUCAGCCUGAUGCCUAGAGCUUGCCCUCGUCCUUUCCGCGCUUCCUCUUCCUGUUCCCGCUUUGGGAGCAGAGCUGCAGGAUAACGCCCAGCGCUCAGCAUCGUUUGUCCCACCUGGAAAUCUCGUUAAUGAAGCUCGAACCGCCAUCUCCUUUACCCCUGCGGUGGGCAAGCAGCAGAAGAGGGGUUCGUUAAAGAGAGGAAUGGGUUAUUGUUAAUGAUUCAACCUUAAAUCGUCGGGGUUGCUAAACGAAGACCGCUCUAGCGUGUCUGCUUCCGCAGAACUCAUCACAGCUAACAUCCCGUUGGUCCCCAGCCAGCUCAAAUACUGAGCUGGGGAGUUCCCGGCCGAAUCCUGCCAGCACAGGUGCCGAUAAAAGCAGCACAGAAAUGUCUCUGACACAGGGCAAAGUUCCGUCUUCCAGGGUGUCGACCGACACCGAAGUGAGUUUGAUUGGAUUUAGUAAUUUUAUUUUAUACCGGUCAAAAAAAGAUGACGUUACCUUCAGGUCAGCUGCGUUUGGCUGUCCCUUAGCCCCUGGGUAAAUCCAGGCGCUGCGGUGACCAGCGAACAAGCUGAUGGCUUUAAGCAGCUCCUCAACUUGGUUUUUAUUUGCAGCCCCCCCCAAAUAUUUAAUUGCAGUAGUUGAUUCCUACCCAGAGAGCUGAAACAUGCUGAAAUCACCUUGCUUCUCUCGCCACCCUUUGGAGACGCCUUAGGGCCCUGCUUUGGGGUUGUGCUGGGCACGUUUAGACAAUUAAUUCUCUUAGGAAUAUGCCAAUUAGUGUUCUUGUAGCCACCUGCGAAGGGUGAAGGUGGAGGGAAAUGAGGGGUUAAUGAGCAGGACUUGGGCGUUAGGGCGCUGUGCUGGGUAUCCCACUGAACCAGGGGUUUGUGUUUGGCUACAACCUGGGACAGACGGACGGACGGACGCUCUGUACAGUUAUUGCAUCUUUCUAGGACUGACGGCUUCUACCGAUUCCUCCCCCCAAAAUCCUGCAUUAUAUAUUUAAAAAAAAAAUUUACAGUAAAGCCUUCCCUAACUGUUGAACAAAAUGCUUUGCCUGUGUGACAAAUUUAGGAAGACCCCACCUGCGGGCAUGGUGAAGGAGUAAUGUAUAUAUACAUAUAAAUAUAUAUAUAUUUUUUUUUUUUUAGCUUAACAUUAGGUAAUUUUAAGCAAACCAAAUGACAAACAACAGGUUGCCUUAUGUCCUUUAGAUGCCACGGCGGCAUCUGGACUUGUAGCUGACUGCUGUUUCUAGUGGGAAGGUCCAGACCUUUGGCAGCUCCUGUCAGGAGAAAAAAGGGAAGGUUUUUGAGAAAUAGAUUGAAGGGGGUUAAAUGUCACUAAACCACAAAUAUUAAACUUAAAUUUUAACAAAAUUAAAACACCUCCUCUGAUACGCACAGCUGCCGAAGUGUCCUUUGAGCAACAGGAGGCUCACCCGGGUAUAGUCACCACCACAAAUUGUACCUUUUUGUGGUUUGAUUUGUUUAAAAAUAAAUGCACUCAGGCUUUGGUGGACAAUUUAACAGCUCCCAAAGCACGGGGUGGGGGGGCAGCAACAGCAGGAGGCUUGUGGGGUCACAGGCACCUCCCUGCCUUAAAAAAUGCAAACAUUUGCUUAGCCACGUUUAAUUUGUGCUGAAGGAUAUAUUUUGCUUCUUUUAUACAUAUUUCUUAGUAAUCUUUAGAUCCGGGUAGUAUUUUUGUAAGAUACAAGGAGUGUUUUCUAUCUGAAUUAUUAAAUGGUUUGGGGGUUUUGUAUAUUUUGCUUUGACUAGUUGUUUCAGUUCUGUAGCCGUUAUUUUGAUCUCUUCCAGUACUAUUUUUGUGACAGAUUUUGAAAUAUCUACCUGGCAGCACACUGAGAUGUAACUGCCCUGGCCCGGGGCGGCGCAGCACCGCUGACGUUUCCCUAAGCCGAUCGCAGGUGUAGAUCUACGCUUGCUGGAAUCAAACGCCAUCGUUUCUCUAAAGCGCCUUUUUCCUCGCAUCACGAUGUAGCUGAUCCAAUGCGUGGGGGGAGAGCUAAAAAGAAAAGGCAAAGGUAGAGGUAAAGCUAAAAAGAAAAAGGUAGAGGUAAAGCUAAAAAGAGGAGAAUCCUCUCGGUUUGGGGCAGGGGGAAUAACUAAGGGAAUAAUUGCGGGAAUAUAUUCAGUUUACAGCUAUACGAGCACCUACGAGAAAAUAUUUUCUGCAGCCUGAUGCUGGUCCUGAAUUAUUUUAAUUUUUUCCUCUCUCAUCCUUGUGUAGGUUUUGAGAUGGUUUGUUUUAUUUCCUGUUUGAAAUUUUUGUGUAGAGGGUUAAGUUUACUCUCGCUCCUCGACUUUAGCUGUUCUCUUUUUGUAUCGAGACACCUUGGUUGUGGAAACGCUGUCCGAAAUAGCAGAGGACCAUCAGUAACUCGAUUUAUUUGCAUAAACAGCCAAUAUACAGUAGAGAUUUUUAGGUCUGGAAAUACAAAUGUUGAAGUAGAGAAUAAAUUUAGCAAAAUGUGUUCUUUGGGCCGUGGGGCUGGCUCUGCUGCGUUCUGUAAACUCGGUAUUUGAGGAGUGGAAUUAGGGAUUCCCAUUUCCAAUAAGCCGAAGCAGCAGCCGGCUUUUCAAAGCUGAAAACUACACACACUGUGCUCGCCGAGAGCUUCGGAAAGCAGAGAGGCAAAUCUUCCAGUAAAUGAGGAGGUUUUGGAAAAAACCAGAGCCACUCGGGCGAGGGCAGCUGUCCAGCAGGAUUUUAGUGUCCGGAAAGGCUUCACUCUGUGACUUGGGUUAUUUGUUUCUGCAAGCAUGGAGCGAUCCGUGCACUUGGAGCAUGUCUCCCGCGUAAAGCUGUGUAUUUAAAGGCAUUAAUUUGUCUGUCUUUGGGAAUAAUCGCGCCCUUUUCAGUACUGAAAUGCAACUUUUGUCCCUAUAAACCACGCAUGCUCCGAAUCUGUUCCCUGAAUCGGGCCAGGGCAAGUAAAAAAAACUAAAAAAAAAAAAAAAAAGCUAAAAACUGCAGGGUUGAUGUUCUGCAAAACAAAUUCCUUCUUUUUUAAUGUAUUUCUGAGGCAUUAACUACCGCUACUAUGCACCGGGGCUCCUAUGCAAGGACGCACCUCCGGCGGGAGUGUCCGCGCGCGUUCCUGAUGUCGUGUGUGACGGUUCCAUUGAUGUCAGCGUUGCAACCACAAAUAAAAGUGCCUGUUUGGA